CAGAGGAGCAGAAGAAGAAGCCGCUCCUUCGUCCCUUUAUCCGCCUGAACACAGCUCGUCUCCGGCAGCAGCCUCCGGAAACACCCGGCUCAUCACAGCUCGUCUCCGGCAGCAGUCUCAGGGACCAGCCGCUCCCCCGCCGGCCUCCAGCAGCCUCGGGCGAUGGCGAGGCCGAGCCACAGCGACCACGUCCUCCAGCAGCUCAACAACCAGCGGGAGUGGGGCUUCCUGUGCGACUGCCUCAUCGCCAUCGGUGACAUUUACUUCAGGGCACACAAGGCCGUCCUGGCGGCCUGCAGCUCCUACUUCAGGAUGAUGUUUAUCCGGGACCAGCAGGGGACGGGCCGACUGGACCUCAGCAACAUGCAGAUCAGCGCUGAGUGCUUCGACCUCAUCCUGCAGCUCAUGUACCUCGGACGCAUCGUCGUGGGGAGCUACGAGUUCGAUGAGCUCAAGUCGUCCAUGGCGUACCUGCAGAUGUACUACAUCCCUGACUCACUGGAGGAUCUCAGGGACAUCAGGAGCUCCAACCUCACCCCAUCCUCCUCUGGCUCCUCCUCCUCUUCGUCCAGCUCCUCUACCGGCCCCGCGAGUGGGAAAAUGAUGUUUGGAGUCCGCAUGUAUGAGAAGCAGAGGCCUGCGGCACCAGAAGUGGAGCACUUACCGAAACCCGUUAGCAGCAGCGCCGGACGUCCGGCUGUUCCGGCCACCAUCACCAGGCCAGUGGUGGCGGAGGAGGUGGUGAACACUCCUCUGAUCGUGGCACCCCCAGCUGUGGACGGAGCCGUUGAGCAACCAUGUGACUUGAGAAAGAGGUCCAGCGGCAGAGGUUCAUCUCUCAAAGACCGUCCUCGGUUCGGCCGCACCUACACCUGCGAUGACUGCGGCUUCGUCUUCAGCUGUGAGAAGCUUUUAAUCGAGCACAUUCUUACCUGCACCAACCGGAAGGCCUAUCAUCCUCCAAGAGGUAACGCAGAGGGAGACAAUGAAUCAAAUAAAGCUGAAAGCUCUGCAUCUGAGAGCAUUGAGGAACACAGGGUUCACUGUAAAGGUGAGGAUGAGUGGCCAGAGGCCAAGGACAACUCUGACCUCCCCAUCAGGUCGGUGGCAGCUGGGACAGAUGGCGAGCCCAGGUCGACCCGGAGCAUCUCCAUCAAGACAGAACCAGAAGAAAUCCUGUUCCCUGAAAUAGAAGUGGUCCGAGUCGGCGAGCAGGCCAAAAGAGAUUGUAGCACAAGGUUUAAUGACGUAACAAAUAAAGACACGUUGAGGGAGAAAACGGGUUCGGACCGGGACCCUGAGCCCAACGUCUCAGGCCUGGAGAACAGCAGCGAGCCUUUUGAAGUCCACAUGUCCAGCUGUGACGACUCGGGGAUUCCUGUGAAACUUCGUAAAGUCAAAGACGAGAAGCAAGACGCCGACGCCCCCUGUGAGCUCUGUGGCACUCUACUAACAGAGGAGGACCAGUCGGCCCACUACCUGUCCAACCACAUGGGCCACAUAUGUGCCUGUGGACGCUGUGGUCAGGUGUUGAUCAAAGGUCGGCAGCUUCAAGAGCAUGCGGAGCGCUGUGGAGAAUCCCAAGGUGGAGAGUCCGACUCCCACGGGGAGGACGAGGCAUCGCUGCUGGAGGAGCCGCAGGGGAUGGAGGAGGGCCUGCUGGAGGCCGCCGACCUGGCCUGCCCUCACUGCGGUCUACUCUUCCAGAAUGAGAGUGUGGCGCUGGAGCACGCCUUGUCCUGCCACGACCAGGAGCUGUUCCGCCCGGUGCUGAUGGAGGAGGGGGCCGAACCAGAUCACCGCCGCAAACACUUCUGCAGCAUUUGCGGCAAAGGCUUCUACCAGCGCUGCCACCUGCGGGAGCACUACACCGUCCACACCAAGGAGAAGCAGUUCACCUGCCAGACCUGUGGGAAGCAGUUCCUGCGGGAGCGCCAGCUCCGACUACACACAGACAUGCACAAAGGCAUGGCGCGCUACGUGUGCCCGGUGUGCGACCAGGGAACCUUCCUCAAACACGACCACGUCCGACACAUGAUCUCCCACCUGUCCGCAGGAGAAACCAUCUGUCAAGUUUGUUUCCAGAUCUUCCCUGGUGGAGAGCAGCUGGAAAAACACAUGGACGUCCACCUGUACAUCUGCGGUGUCUGUGGCGAGAAGUUCCGCCUCCGUAAAGACAUGAGGAGCCACUAUAACUCCAAACAUACCAAGAGACUAUAGAAUCAUCGUAAACAUCCUCUGCUUUUAUUCUAGUUUAUGACCCAGAAAGCCAUAACUGAGAACAAACGUAUGCACUUGAACCCCAAAAAUCUUAAUCUGCACUUUUAAAGUAUAUGCAUAACCCAUGCACUCGUACUGCGAAAGCAGCGGGGCUGGUGAUUGGUCUCUCUGUUAUGACUUUUUUAUUUUGAUAAGAUGCCGUGGAGUUCACAUGGCUCAGAAUGACGUGCGACACAUGUUCACAGCUACGAGUCUGGACAAUCUGAGAAGUCACAGUCUUAAAGACCCCAAAGAACCCAGCCUGUCUAUUCGUGUACCGUCCAGUGUCAACAAAUCAUUUCAACACUAGAAUGCACCAAAGUCACCUUGGCAGAGGAAAGAGACAGAAUCGACCACAGGUCAGCUGGCCUGUCCAGGAAACUCCCAUCAUGCCUCUGUCACAGUGUGAGCUGGUGGUAGCACCAGCAGUGAGGGAGAGAAACGGGUUAACGUCUACUGUCAGGAAAAUGUUUACGUUAACGUUUUUUAGCUCUGAUGUCCCAGAAUCCUAAAAUCUGAAGAUGAACGUUUUUCUUUCUCAAGGAAUAAGAUUCUUUUAGCUGAUUCUUAACACGUUUUACGUUCACUCUGUGAUUGGUGCCUUUGCUAUAACAGUGGUGCGCUGUUUCUUUACCGUCUUCUUCAGUGAUGCAUGAUGGGGGAUGGAUGGGAUACUCCCCAGGUGAAAGACUAUAAAGAAGUUAAACACUAGCCACGAUGUUCUGAUUACUCCUGACACCUUGACUUCCUUUGUCCUGAUGAGUCGUAAAGCUGCUUUCAUCAAGGUCGACGAGCUUCACAUGUCAUCACUUCCUGUUUAUAUAAACAACUUUCACAGCAUAAAGAAUCCUAAACCAACACUUCUCCUGAAGGUCACAACUGUCGCACACAGUUCACAUUCAGUCUAAACCAUUUCUAACCAAAACCAGUUCCAAACUAAACCAGGUCCAAACAACUUGAACCAGAUCAGACUAGUCAACUAGUCUCUGAAAAGUCCAAACCAGGUUCUGACUGACCCAAACAAACCAAAGCACUUUAGAGUUGCCCAAUGCAAGAUGACUUUAGCUGAAUCCAGUUCAUAAUCCAGCUAUACCAGUUCAAUCAAAUAAACCAGUUUAGUGAGUCACAGGCUACUUCAGACGGUCACCAGACCAGAUCCCCCUCUUCUGGCUCAGUACUGAAAAUACAAGUGUGGUCAGCUGUCGUCAUUGGACUCGAGGUUUCGCUUCAUGUCGGCGUAAAGUUUCUGAUGUUUUAGGAAAAAAUGUCUGUCUGGAAAAUAAAAAGGCUUUUUCUUCAGUUCUUAAUAAA